AACAAAACCCAUCAAAUGUUCUCUCAAUCGGCCAUUUCUUUUUUCCCUAAACCCCUCAAAUUCCAGCUUCCCAUUUUCAAUCCCUAUGUCAAGAAUUCAAUGCAAGUCCCGGUUCCUUCUUCUACAACAAAUUCUGGGUUCAAGAAUUUGUUGGAAACUUUCACGGUGGAAGUUCAUAAAGCUGAGAACAGACCACUCAAUGUACCUUUGAUUUCUCCUUUCACCAUAGCCACUUCUAGGCUUGAUAAGGUGGAGAACGUGGCCAUCAAGAUUGAGCUGAAAGAUGGAUGUGUUGGUUGGGGUGAGGCUCCGAUUCUGCCCUUUGUUACGGCAGAGGAUCAACCUACUGCCAUGGUUAAAGCCAAGGAGGCCUGUGAGAUGCUCAAGAGUUGCUCUUUCAUGACCCUUGGGGCAGUACUUGGGGAGGUUUCUGAUCUUUUGCCUGGACAUCAGUUUGCUUCAGUUAGGGCAGGAGUUGAGAUGGCAUUGAUCGAUGCAGUUGCUAAGAGCAUUGGUGUACCUCUAUGGAGACUAUUUGGUGGAGCUUCAAAUACAAUAACCACAGAUAUAACAAUUCCUAUUGUUUCCCCAGCCGAAGCUGCUGCAUUAGCUUCAAAGUAUCACAGACAAGGAUUCAAAACUUUGAAGCUUAAGGUGGGAAAGAACCUGAAAGCUGACAUUGAUGUUUUACACGCAAUACGUGCUGCCCACCCUGAUUGUUCAUUCAUUCUGGAUGCUAAUGAGGGAUAUAGACCUGAGGAGGCUAUUAAAGUUCUUAAAAAAUUACAUGAAAUGGGAGUGACUCCUGUUCUUUUUGAACAGCCAGUUCAUAGAGAUGAUUGGGAAGGUCUCGGUUGUGUUAGUCAUUUCGCGAAAAGCAAAUAUGGGGUAUCUGUUGCUGCAGAUGAGAGCUGUCGAAACUUAGCUGAUGUUGAGAAAAUAGUGCAGGGAGAACUUGCAGAUGUUGUUAACAUUAAGCUUGCUAAAGUUGGAGUAGUUGGUUCUCUUGAAAUCAUAGACUUGGCCAGGGCAUCAAGCCUAGACCUCAUGAUUGGCGGUAUGGUUGAAACCAGGUUGGCCAUGGGCUUUGCAGGCCAUCUUGCUGCCGGCCUUGGAUGUUUCAAAUUUGUUGACUUGGAUACUCCCCUUCUGCUGGCUGAGGAUCCAGUUCUUGACGGAUAUGAAGUUCUUGGAGCUGUUUACAAGUUCACAGAUGCUACAGGCCAUGGUAGUUACCUUCACUGGGAAAAUGUAGCAUGAUUUUAUAAUUUU